UCCACAACCCGUUCUGCACUUUACUAACUGCUGUUUAAUACAUAUAAGAAAAUAUGUCCUACAACUGCCUUCAGAACGUUGAGUCAAACAGGCAACACUUUCAACGAUGAUGUAUGUAAAAUCUCCAGCAGAAUGAUGGCAAGAAGAAGGUAUAGUCCUCCAUGUCCGACUAUUCCAGGAUUUAAGAGUUUAAUUAAAUCGAUGUUUGUAUUUAGUGGGAUUACUGCACAAUGUGGUAUGGUGGAACAUUGAAUGCCCAGUUUGGUAACUUCGUGGAAAUGUCGUGCUGAGAGAGAAACCUGACCAAUGUGUUCGCUGCCUUGACAAGUUUCACGUUCAAGCCUUGGACGCAUAUUCGGCGGUUUGAGACGGAGUAGAUACAGUCCGAGAGGCGGCACGUUUGGUGAUUUCGGUUCACAAACCGUGUGGAUGUAUGACACUUCUUUAUUGAAACGUGUCGUUCAAGAGAAAACGAUGUGUUUUCCUACUGGAUGAAUUUGAUAUUCAUGGAGGGAAACGCAUCCGGUCCUACUUUUCCAAGAGUCUUCUUGAAGCACAGGGGAAGAUAUAAGUAGGGCAGCAUAGGAGCAUGGCUGACUGUCUGGACUAUUUCAGCGCAGCUCAGUUCAGACAAGAAUCGGCUUCCUAGCCGUCGCUUCUUAACCAGGGGCCAAGCCCCCCUCCGACACAUUCCUCCUUCACCACCUUCUCUCUCCCCUCCUCACUGAGAUCAAUGCUCCAUUAUUUAUAUAAUGGGAUGCGUCAAAUCCAAGAAGAGUGAUCCGAUCCAGUACGCCAACUCGGUGAAGGCGGACGGCAAUCCUGGGAAGUGGCAGGGCGAGAACACACUGCUGGUCCACUAUGAGACGGGGUCCGCGGUCGACUCUGCCCGGGUGGACCCCAUCCUGCUGGAGUAUGCCCAGCGGCUGUCGGAGGAGAUAGUGGCCCGGGCCGUGCAGCAGUGGUUGGAGGUGGACAGCCGCUACAUUGACAUCCCCUACAUUGAGUGUGAUGUGCCAUGAGGGGGGGGGG